AUGAAUUAUCCUUAUCAGCCUUAUAGAACAUAUACUCGAUUACCCAAUUCCUCAGUGCAUAACCCCAAUAUUAUGUCAUAUGUAGAUUCGGUGCUGUCAAAAUCAAGGACCAAUUAUGCAUCUGUUCAAUAAGACCAAUAACCCAAGUAUCAAACAUACUAAACCAACUCAAUUAAAACUGAUACAGAUUUAAAAAGCAUAGGCAAUUCCCCGUUAAUCCUUCCACAGAAAUCCUUGGUCAUUUAACCUACAUUGAAAUCUAAAUAGGAAUACUUAUUUCCGAAAAAAGUGGAAUAAUUAUCCUUUUAAUCAGAUAUCCCUCCUGUAAUCCCUCUCAUUCCCUUAAUGUCCGAUGUUCGAGAACAAUAUACAAAAGUAUAGAGUUUAUUAAACAAUAAGAAAUAAGUUUCAACUCCUCUUAGUUAAGCAAGUUCUCCAAUCAAAUAAUCAGAGAACCCAAAAUAAAAAUAUAAGAAUUUUACUAUCAUAAAAAAACUAGGAGAUGGACAAUACAGCGAAGUGUUUGUUGCAAAACAUACAUAAACAGGAUUUUUGGUUGCCUUAAAAGUGAUUCAAAAAUCUUAAAUUAUUAAAGAGAAUAUGUAAGCACAAUUAGCC